AUGUCAGGUAACAACGCAGAAUACAGAGAAGCAUUCGCCUUAUUCGAUAAAAAGGGAACAGGUCAAGUACCCAAAGAAUCAUUGGGUGAAUUGUUGAGAUCAUUGGGACAGAACCCUACCCAAGCGGAGGUACAGGGCUUGGAACAAGGAUUGCAGGGGGGUAGUACUUUUGGAUAUGAAGAGUUUUUGAAUGUGUUGAACAGGCCUGAUGGGUGGAAGCCUGCGGGGACUGCUGACGAAUUCAUCAAGGGAUUCCAAGUUUUCGACAAAUCAGGAAACGGAUUCAUCGGUGCAGGGGAACUACGAUAUGUCCUUACUCAACUCGGUGAGAAAAUGUCAGAUGAGGAAGUUGACGAGCUGUUGAAAGGGUUCCCCGUACAAGAUGGUCAAAUCAAUUAUCACUCAUUCGUACGAUCCAUCCUCGCUCAAUAA